UUUGUUUAACAACAGCCUCUUUGCCUUCCAUAAAAACCUGUUUGAGAGAAAGACAAUGUUGUCCACCUCCGUGGUGGCUCUGAUCUGGUUGGUCUCCUUGAGGACCUGGUCUACAGCUUUGGAUCCAACCCUGGAGGGGACAUGGAGAGACUGGAAAGCCACUCACGGUAAAGAAUACAUUCAGGAGGAGGAAGAAUCCUUUCGAAGAGCCGUGUGGGAGGAUAAUUUGAAGAUGAUUCAAGACCAUAACAAGCAGGCUGACCUGGGAAAAUACACCUACUGGCUUGGCAUGAACCACUUUGGUGAUUUGACCAAUGAAGAGCUCCGGAAGAGGCUGCACUGCCUGCUCUCUGGCUCUGAGAACGUAACUAAAGGCAACGGGAUCACAUUCAAAUCCUCAGAGGAUCCAGAUAUUCCUGACCAGGUGGACUGGAGAAUCAAAGGUGCUGUCACCAUAGUCAAGGAUCAGGGUGAUUGCGGCUCUUGCUGGGCUUUCAGUGCCACUGGUGCUUUGGAAAGCAUGCAUUUCAAGAAGACGGGGAAGCUGGUCUCACUGAGCGAACAAAAUCUUCUGGACUGUUCUGAGGAGAAUUAUGGGUGUGGUGGUGGAUGGAUGCACCUAGCUUUUGAAACUGUGCAGAAGCAAGGUGGGAUCAAUUCAGAGAAAAGCUACCCUUAUGACAGACAGGAUGGGGAGACUUGCCACUUUGAUCUCGAGGAAUCUAUCACCAGAUGUAAUUCAUACGGAAAGAUCAUGAAAGGGGAUGAAAAAGGACUUCAGGAGGCUGUGGCCAAAAUUGGUCCAGUUUCUGUUGGAAUAGAUGCUGGGAGUAGCAAAUUUAGCUUCUAUAAGUCAGGAAUAUAUAAAGAAAACUAUGAUGGAGAAAAGCACUUAAAUCAUGGUGUGCUGAUUGUGGGUUAUAACCAUUCCAGCAAGGGCAAUGGCUAUUGGAUAGUAAAGAACAGCUGGUCCACUCUUUGGGGUGAGAAAGGUUACAUGCGCUUAGCCAAAGGAUCAAAUGAAUGCAACAUCGCCGAUUACGCCGUCUUUCCUCUCCCAGAUCCAAAGAAGGGAAUGUAAUCUCUUCUUUCAGCAUAAGGAUCAUUUGAAAUGCAGAGCUAAAAGUCUCCAAUAAAUGACCUGCUGCUUCUGAAGCUUCUGGAA